UUGUUCUCGGAGCGAAAAUCCUUCUAGUCGUUGUUGGCUUGUCUUAUCGGUCCUUCUGCACGCGGCCCAGAUGCAUCAGACCAUUUUUACGAAGCAAGUGCCCCUCGCGCGCGCUGUUUAAAGGAAAGCUACACUCGUUAUCUCCCCCACACCUCCACGGAAAUGGCAAAGUCGUCGCGCCGUCCAGUACACGCAAGUGUCCUCGCAGCCAUACCCUCCGCCAUACUUCUGUACCAAGCUGCUAUUCUCCCGGCAGAGACCCAUGCCUUCUACGUUGAUUCUGCUUCCUGGAGGUCCGCCGGUGGCUCCCUUUUCAGCGUCCACCACGGAGACACGUUGAACAUAAUUUUGCGACAAUUGAACGUCACGGAGGAACAGGAGAAACAUGAUCGGGAGCAGGAAGAGGAAAAUCGGAAGGCGGACAGGAACAUUCUGCGCAAGAAGAACCAAACCAACAGCACCUCAUCGAAAACUUCACAUGGGAAAAAGCAAACAUCAUUUCCCGAGCAGUGGUAACACUUCGCUUUAUUCUUUGCAAAUGGCUGCUUCUCAAUCACCGUUGUUCAUGGCAGGAUUGAUAGGGCUACUCGAUCAAACUCAGAAAAAAUUCACUAUCGUGCACUCAGUAAAUGCAACUCGUUUCAGGUUUCCCCAGGUUUUCGACCACUUCGCAUCAUCUUCAAGUUCCUCCUCCUCCCAAACAUCGAAAAACGACACCUCCACCUGGCCCCAGCGUUUUUUCGAGAACGACCAGCAUUUCCAGCCGAAUGGUCCGGUUUUCCUGAUGAUCGGUGGCGAAGGGGAGAUCAGUGACGCGUACGUGUCGGACAGGUUUCUGGCGGCCUAUUUCGCGAAGCAGUUCAACGGCAGCGUGUUGGCGUUGGAGCACCGGUUCUACGGGAAGUCGCAGCCGUUCAACGGGGACUUGUCGGAUCUGCAACUGCUCUCCUCCCAGCAAGCGCUGGCGGAUUUGGUCGGCUUUGUCAGGGCGCAGAAGGACGGGAGGGUAGAUGGUCUUGGUGGUGAACAAGAACAGAAGGAAGACUCAUCUCUUGUUAGAACGGAGCGAAAUAAAUCGAGUUCGACGGAAACUCUAACUGCGAAAUACGCCAACUCAAAGUUCAUCUGUCUCGGCGGCUCUUACCCGGGAAACCUGGCGGCCUGGUUCCGGCAAAAGUACCCCGAUGUCGUACACGGGUGCUUGUCGUUUUCCGCACCUGUUUUCGCAAAAAAAGACUUCUACGAGUACGGACAGAUGGUCUACAAGGCGCUCGAUGUGUCGAGGCUGGAAGCAGGAGAUGUGGCUGCACCAGACACAACUGCAACUACAAUAGAGAGGACAGGGCGAGAACAAAUUGAAAAAAAACGAGCCAGCAAGAGCUCAUCUUCAACAGCGCCUACUCCUUCUUCCGCGGCAUCAGCGACCUCCAGAGCCGCAUCUGCCUCCACAGCACGAGACGUGAGUGCCAAGCUCUUGCAGGGCUACGAAGCGAUUCUGACGGAGCUGAAGACCGGCACGCCGAAGGCGACGGAGCGGAUUAGGAAGAAACUAAACGCCUGUCCGUUCACGAUUCUAUCCGAUGCGGAUAUUGCCAACGUGGAGAGCAUUUUGACGGGCGUCACGGCCGGCGUGGUCCAGUACAACAACACCUUGCCGGAAGGACGAAAAAUUUCCGACGUUCGUAAGCUCAUCGAGAAAGCUGAGACGCCGGAAGCCGCAGCGUGGGGCGUUUUUGAGCAGUUCUCGGAGUACUUUCUAGCGAGUUUAGCGAAAGUGUCGCGGAUUGGGAGGAGUGCAAAUGCGGUUGUAAGGGGUGGAGAACGGGAAAAGAUUUUGCUGAAGAAGGCAGCGCCAACAAGUAGAAGAUCAGGGGCGUCAAGGAGGUAGGAAACUAAAAAUGCUGAUAAGUAGAUACUGAUACACCCUGUGAGUAGAAUCAUGACUAUGACACAAAUUGAAAUUGAAAAUAAAGCGCAACUUCUCCGAAAUUUCAUCAUGAUUUGAAACACUGGUACUUAGGUCCGUCCGAAGCCUUCCAUCCUCUCCUACGAUCGCAUCUCUGAACAGCACAACAAAGUACACCCGGAACAAUAUUACCAAUAACGACACUGCAACGAACGUGACAAACCGCACUUCCUCCACUUCUGCGCAACACAAAGGGCGGACGCGCUCAGAGAAGCACGCUGAACAGGACAGUUGCGUCGAUUACAGCCAGCGGAUUGAGUACACUUCCCUCGUCCCCGACUCCGCAGCGGCCGCGCGGUCCUGGGUGUACCAAACCUGCAACGAGUUCGGGUACUUUCAAACGUCCCGCGUUUCUCUACACAACAAAACGAUGUACACCUCGGGGGUGUCGGACCCGAGUCUGUGGGACGGGAUUUGCGAGAACGUGUUCGGCAUUUACGACACGGAAACCCGAAUCGCGAACACCCGGAGUUACUACGAUAUCGAGGAGAUUCCGGACAGAACGGUGUUCAUCAACGGGGCCCUGGACCCCUGGAGCACGUUGUCACGGAAGCCGAAUGGGGAAAAAACGAGUUAUUUGGUCCCGCACGGGUCGCACUGUGUCGGUUUGUACGGCCACCCGGGGGAUGACAAGGUAAUGCCGGCGGCGCAGGAGUUGCAGCUGGAAUUGGAAAAAACGGUGAAGGGGUGGCUGUUUGGUGGAGAAAAGGAUGAGGAAGAAGAGGAGCAGGAAGUUUUUAAUUGAGGAAAGUUGUUUCUACUAAUAUUUAUUUUUAUUUGAGUUUGAUUUUCAGUGGCUUACAUUUUUGAACCAUGCAUCAGAUUUUUUUCGAAGCGAGAAACUACGUACCGAGCAUGUGCAUGAGCAAGAAUAUGGAGGACGCUUGUAAUGCUAGCACCUUCUUCGAGUAGCGUCCUUGUGCGAAAAAUAUCAAUAAUUUGCGGGGUUUAGCUAUACCAAGUAGUCACCUUCACCACGUCCAGAUUUUGCGUUCACUGUGCACCCCUGCACCAUUCGGCGCCAAGGUGUACAAAUAGUCUGAGUUGAUGUAGUAAGUCGCCCACCCGAAGCCCGAAGUCCGAAGUUGUGGCACUUGAAUGAUGUGAACAGAAUCGCUAGCCAUAUCAGGUGUCCGGUAACGAAAAGCUCUUGUAGAUGAAGUGACUUCAUGUUUUUCUUUCUAUUCAUUUUUCUGGCACUAGCGUACAUUGAUGUCCUUGAAACUCACUGUGUGGCUGUCCUCGUUCGAAGAGCUGAACCUUCAGCAUCGGCUUUGCUCUUGCGGUCAUUGCCACGAAAAAGAAAAGGACGGACGACAUCCACUCCAACGAACCCGAUACAUGUAAUCAACAUGGCAGCUCUACUCCUUCUCAAUGAGGGCGCGCUUGUUCCGCC